AUGGCGUGGUUGUGGAGAAGGCAGGCACGAGUCAGGCCAGCGGCCAGCGGACUUCUGGAGCCUUCGAGUGAACUAUAUAACCGAACUAUAGUCCGGGAGUCUUUGCCCUCUCCCGCCGCGGAGUGCUCCUUCACCACAACUGCUACCAAGUCUGAUACCUGCGAGAGCUUUGCCAGCACUUGGGGACUGUCCGUCGCCGAGCUCCAGCAGCUGAAUCCCGGUAUCUCCUGCCCGAGUCUUGAUACGAGCAAGUUAUACUGCGUGAUUGGCACGCUUACAGAUAAUGGCUCGAGCACCACGCUCACGACGACAACUUUCACUACCACCGAGGCCACGACAACCACCACCACCUCGUCCGCCCCAAUCAACUCUCCUACCAUGCCGGGCAUAGCAGAAAACUGCGACGGGUUCUACAAGAUCUCGUCCGGCGACCAGUGCGACACGAUCGCCAAGGCGUAUGGUGUCAGCACGGCUCAACUUUUGAGUUGGAACACUGAAAUUGACGAUAACUGCUCAAACCUCUGGCUGGGCUACCACAUCUGCGUCCACGUCCCCGGCGCUACCACCACCGCCCCAGGAACCCCCGAGCCAACCGACGGCUCGGGCUCUGGUCCAGUCCUCCAACUGCCCGGCAUCGUCGACAACUGCGACGAGUUCUACAAGGUCACGUCCGGCGACACAUGCGAUAGCAUCACCAAAGCCUACGGUAUCUCGACGGCACGGUUUAAGAGCCGGAAUACGGGGGUCGAUGAUAGUUGCACAAACCUCUGGCUGGACUACUAUGUCUGCGUUCACGUCCCCGGCGCAACGACCACGGCGCCGGGGGCAGCUGAGCCUACCACGGACCCCUCAGGCCCGACUCCCAAGUUGCCCGGGAUAGUCGAUAACUGCAAGUCCUUCUACCUCAUAGAGAGUGGAGACAGCUGCUGGUCUAUCUACACCGAGGCGGGGAUUACGCUUGAGCAGCUGCGGGAGUGGAACACGCAGCUUCAUGCCGCGUGUAGUAACUUGUGGCUGGGCUACUAUGUCUGUAUUGGUGUCUAG